AUGAGCAUUCAGUUCAAUAUGACUAAUGCUCAAGAGUUAGGGCAAGACAGCACUAUGUGGGGCAUAUCCAAUUCUGAUGAUUCUCACGGCUGCAAGAGAAUCGACAAGCAACCGCCUCUAUUGUGUCCUUCUCAUCCGUCUGAAAUUCCAACUUCCGAUAAGAAGGCUUCAAAAGGAAAAAAGAGGACCCAAAGAAAUGAGAAAAAUCAUGUAGAAGAAUCACCUGAUCAUGAAAUACAUAUAUGGACUGAAAGAGAAAGGAGGAAGAAGAUGAGAGAUAUGUUUGCUAAACUACAUGCUUUGCUUCCCCAACUUCCUCCUAAGGCAGACAAAUCAACAAUCGUAGACGAGGCAGUGAGUUCCAUCAAAUCCCUCGAGAAAACUUUACAUAGUCUCCAGAUGAAAAAGCUCGAGAAACUUCAAUAUUCUUCGGCUUCAAACACAACAACUACUACUGCUUUCCCUUAUGAUCCAUGUUCUUCUCCUACAACUCUCCUCACACCAAUAUCAAACCAACCUCAAAUCCUUCCCGUAGGUGCCGCCUCAGCAGAUCCUUACUCCCGUGAAGCUUUAUUGGCCAAUCAGAUAUCUUCUUCCAGCAUGAACCUGCCCUACCCUUGUAAUGACCCGACUGCUGAGUUCGAUACUUGGUCCACACGUAACGCCGUGCUCAAUAUCUGCGGGAAUGAAGCUUUCUUCAGUUUGUGUUGCCCUAAAGAUAAAUCAGGGGUUUUCACUAAUGUUUGUUACUUGUUGGAGAAGUAUAACAUUGACGUUAUGUCUGCAAAUGUCUCCUCUAAUGUUUUCCGGAGCACCUACAUGAUCCAAGCACAAGUAAAGCCGAGCUAUGAGAACCAGUUACUGGGAGAUGAGUUUGGAGCUGGGGAAAUUUUCAAGCAAGCUGCUCAAGAACUGGCCUUAUAUUUUUCAUCUCCUUGAAUCAUAUAUGGCUUCUGUUUAAAUUUAUUUU